ACUACUUUGCAAACAGAAUUCAAUAAAAUAAGCAUACAUUUCUUAUUUUUAAUUGAAUUGAGCAGGUCAACCACAACUCUUUAGGCCCACAAAGAGGAGAGCAUAAAAAAACCACUAGAUCCUCGAGGAAUCAUUAUAUUCUCUUUAACAAUUUCUUCCAGGUUGGAAGCUUAACGUCUAAACUUUAAACUAUAAGUCAAUGAUUAUUAUUUUGUUUUCUGAAUUGUAAAUGUCCAAACAAGUUAUCCCAUAAUACCACUUGGACCAGGGUGAAACCGCUGUGCCAAAAGUAAACCCAUGAGCAAAUGGCAGCUGCUUAAAGGAAAAAAGCAAUCAACAAUAUUUCUUCAACUAGUGUUCUGUCCGUUAACUGAUUCCUUGAUAAAGCCAGCUGCUAGAAUCUGCAAGUCAAAGGAGAAAGAGAAGGAAAGGAAAUCAAACAUCAUUAAUCUGGGAAGUCACCUGAAUCUCAAAUUCGACUUUUCUCUUCAAUUUCGAAUGGCCGCACAAGUUCCUGCUCCACAGGAAACGGAUGGUUCACCAGAGGAUCCUCCAGUUAAGUCACCAAGAGUCAAACUCAAUGAUGGAAGACAUAUAGCUUACAGCGAGAGAGGUGUGACCAAGGCCAAAUCUAACUGCAAAAUCAUCAUUGUUCAUGGUUUUGGAAGCUCCAAAGGAAUGAAUUUUCAAGUUCCCCAAGAAUUAAUAGAAGAAUUGGGGUUAUAUUUUCUGCUAUAUGAUCGGGCGGGCUAUGGAGAAAGUGAUCCUAAUCCAAGGCGCUCGGUUAAAAGUGAAGCAUUUGACAUUCAAGAGCUUGCUGAUCAAUUACAGAUAGGAACAAAGUUUUAUGUGAUUGGAGUCUCAAUGGGAUCAUACCCCAUAUGGAGUUGCCUCAAAUAUAUACCAGAAAGGUUAGCAGGUGUGGCCAUGGUAGUUCCUGUCAUCAAUUAUAGAUGGCCCUCCUUUCCUGUCAGCCUGACAAGAGAAGAUUAUAGGAGAUCACUUGUCAAGUUGCUAUAUUGGAUAGCAAAACAUACACCUCGGCUGCUACAGUGGUGGGUUACUCAAAAAUGGUUCCCUUCACCUUCUGUCAUGGAAAAAAAGCCUGGAUUCUUCAAUAAAAGAGAUAUAGAAGCCCUGAUGAAAACAGAAGGAUUCCCCAUGCUCACCAAGGAAAGAUUACGAGAACGAUGUGUUUUUGAUACCCUCCGAAAUGACUUUCUGGCCUGUUAUGGUGAUUGGGACUUUGAUCCAAUGGAACUAAGCAAUCCAAAUGAAAGCUGUGUGCAUAUCUGGCAAGGUCAUGAAGACAAGAUUGUUCCAUUUGAACUUCAACGAUACAUUUCAAGAAAGCUACCCUGGAUCCAAUAUCAUGAAGUUUCUGAUGGUGGACAUUUUCUUGUGCAUUACAAUGGUUUAUGUGAGGCCAUAGUACGUGCUAUGUUGCUUGGAGAGGAGCAUCACCUGUAUAGACCAGAUGCAGAUAAAAUUGUCUCCUAAAUUAUUCACUAUUUCUUUCAUUCUUUAAAUGUUGAAUAUGUAAAUAUGUGAUUUUCUAUUGAUAAACCUGUGUUACAUCAGAUUUGUUAUUCAUUAUUCAAAGAAUGACAAUUGUUGGAUUUGCCUUGUUUUUGCGUUAUAUGUUCAUCGUAUCGAACUUUAUACCAUUACACCACAAAUUCUUGUUAGAAAAUUAUUGAGAUCCCCCAAAUAUGUAAGUAGUCUAAUGGAGUUGCAAUCCACGUAAAGUAAGAGCUGAUAUCUCACGUAAUUGAAUUUGACAAGUUACCACCAUUGCUGGGUUCAAGUAAGAAAGACAAUCGAUUAACUUACUGCACCUUUGACAAAAGAGUUCAAAGAGAGAUAAGC